AUGCCCGGCCGGCCGCGAGUGGUCCGGCUGGAGCCCGAUGCGGAGCCGUCGGAGCCCGCGCGCGCGCCGCAGCGGCGCAAGUCCUUCAGCUACGUGCGCAAGCUGGAGAUCGUGGCCCACUACGAGGCGCACAAGAGUCUGGACGAGACGGUGGCGCGCUUCUUCCCGGACGCGGAGCCGACCGAGCUGCGCGCCAAGAAGCAGUUGGUCAUGCGCUGGCGCCGCGAGCGCGACAAGAUCUCGGCCAUCUGCGAGGCCGGCGGCGGCCGCAAGGCCAACGACCGCCGGGCCGGCAUGGGCGCCACGCUCUCGGCCGGCGCGGAGCGGAGCAUCGUCGACUGGAUGCGCGAGGAGCAGGCGGCGGGCCGCGCAGUGUCGGCCAAGCGGCUCACGGCCCGCGCGAUGCAGGCGGCCACAGAGGACAAGCUGGCGCCCGGCUGCUUCAAGGCCUCGUGGACGUGGAGGCAGUCGUUCCUACGACGUCACGGCUUCACACAGGGGGCUCAGAGCCCAGGACAGCAACAGGAGACGGAGGAGGAGCAGGGGAACAACAACGGCCACCUAAAGGAACGACUUUAG